CUUCCAGGACUGCAAAGGCUUCCAGGUGGAAGGGCUACUGGGGGAGCGUUCCCCGACCAUGGGUUCUGACCGGUAUAGCGGGGAGCCCGACUCCCCCAUAGCCUUGAGUGUAGCCCGCCAAGUGGCCUGUGCCCUCCUGGGCUUGGCCUUCACCUUGGGCGUCCCGGGCAACCUGGCCGUGGUGUGGACAGUGUGUCGAAGGAUGACAGCUCCCCCGCCGACCGUGCUGCUGAUUGUCAACCUGGCGGUCGCCGAUUUGCUGGCGCUCCUGACCGUGCCCUUCUGGAUCUACGCGCUGGCCAGCGUUUGGAGCCUGGGGCCCUUCGUGUGCCGGACUCUGGUGUGGCUGGUGAACGGCUCCAUGUUCUCCAGCGUCCUGAUCGUCACGCUGCUGAGCGCAGAGCGCCUGGUGGCCUUGGCCCGUCCCUUCCACCUGCAGCGCUGGUGGCACCUGGCGGGAGCGCGCAGGGUGCUGGUGCUCCUGUGGGUCUCCGCUUUAGCCCUGGCCGCGCCCGCCACGCUCACCGCGGACCCCAGCCAUUGCCUGCAGCGACAAUUCUCGUCCAGCCAGCAGCUGGUGACGCUCCUCCUACUGGAGACCUUGGCUGGCUUCGUGGGGCCCUUCACCAUCAUUGCGGUCUGCUCAGCUUGCGUCCGCAGACAUCUGCGUAGGUUACAUCACCCGGGCAGACGCCGGGCUAGCCGGAUCGUGACCGCGGUGGUGGUUGCUUUCGCCGUAUGCUGGCUGCCCUACCACGUAUCCAACGGGGCAGCGGUGGCCGCCGAGCUGCUGGAAGCCUCGUCUGCAGAGCUGUGCGAACGGCUGGACUAUGCGGCCGAUGUGGGUCACAACAUCUCGGCCCCCCUGGUCUUCUUGGGCAGCUGCAUCAACCCUCUGCUGUACGCUUUCGCCGCCCGUCGAAUCGCCCGGGCGGGCGGCUUGGCUGGCCUUUUCGCCCGAAUGGUCCCCAAUUUCUACAGCGAUGGAGCCCAUCAGGAGGCCAACCGGAGUUUCGGGGAAAGCGCCAAUGGCCAAGCUUUGCAUCUGAACAGUCCUAACUCUGCAUUCUAAGUGAGGCCCAUCUCUCUCCUCUGCCAUCUCUCUGCCUCUGUUGCCUAGAGGUUGGGUUUAGCGCUAGGCUUUGGAUAGUAAAUACCUCACAUUUCCAUAGAGAUUAACGGUUUAGGUGGGAGGGGCUACUGCAGAUAUGAUUAUCCCCAUUUUACAGAGCAGAAAACCGAGGCCGAGAGAUUUAAGAGACUUGACUAAAGUUUCAAGGCCAAUAGGUGCCAAAGCUGGGAUUUGAACUCAGUCUCUUGACUUCAUAUCUAGGCUUUUCCCCACUAUCUUACCCUACAGAAAUCCAUGGAAAGGGAGAACUGUGGAGACAGGGAAGAGGGAGAUCAUUACCUAGGCCACCUUUGGGAGAAUUCGGUAAGAUGGGUAGGGUUAGUGACCCGGGAAGACUACUGCCCUCUCUCAAGAGUAAAAUUCAACAUACAGUUUUUAUUUCUUAUUUUAUUUUCCC